CUAAUGUGAAAUGUCAAACGCGCCGUAAACAUUAAAACUUAAUCCAGAAACGGGAAUUUCGUUGAACAACUUCGUUAUCAUUAAAAAAAUAUUUUUUCUAUGUGAAACACUCCUAACUUGCUUUAGAAAUGCUCGCGGAAAUCGAUUUAAAUAGCUCGGCCGACGAUGAUUCAAUGGAGAUCUCUGAAAUGGAAGAAAAUAUCGCAGAGGAAGAAACUGGCCAUGGUUCCAAGCAAAUUAAAACCCCAAAAUACACUCUGCAGGAUCUUCAAGCGGCCUGCGAAGCUGUUCAAAGUGGCAUGAGUAUUUCAGUAGCUUCCAAAAAGUUCGGAGUUCCCGGCUGCACGUUGGAACGCCGCGUGAGAACAAAGAAACAGCGCCCUCUGAAGGUCCAGAAGGCAAAAUAUGGUGGCAAAUAUCAAAACAGCAUGCACAAAGAGCUGCCCAUCGUCAAAUCCCUGCAAGGGCUUUCCGAUGCUGGAUUCGACUUGACAAACAGUUUGAUACGGAGCCACGCUACAGACUACAUCAAGGCGCACGCAAAACUGUUUCCGACAGAGAAAUCGCUGCCGUCGGGAAGUGCUUGGGUGGUCAUGUUUUUGAAACGCCACCCCAGGCUGUCGCAAUGCAUUUCGGAAAACAAGUCCCACUACGGUUCGGUCACGGAAGCGUCGGAGCGUGUGUCCGUAUGGUUUGGGUUCGUUUCGAGAUAUCUGGCAGGGUUGAGCUUGCAGGCAGUUCUUGAAUGCCGCCGGCAGGUGUUCACGAUGGACGAUAUGAUACUGAGGAAAAGUAGAAAGGAUGUCAUCUUCACGUGCCUCUUCGGGGCCAACGCCAACGGGAAUCUGCUUCCUCCUUUGGUUCUUUACCCUGAGUCAGUCAAGAUUCCGAUGCAGAAAAAACAAAUCGAGUUGAACUACGUCGUGGCAAACCCGAGCACCGCAACGAAAGCGGCAGAUAUCUUUCACCAGUGGCUUUCGAGGGUGUUCCAACCGUGGCUGAUCGAAGAAAACAUUCCUCGGCCAGUGAUUCUCUUCGUUGACGGCCAACGCCACCAAAUUACCUAUGCGAGCAAUCGAUUCUGCCAGCUGCACCAGAUUGUCCUCGUGUCACUUCUUCCGCGUACCGUACACCAGCUGCGUCCCCUCAACGCCAAACUGUUUGAAUAUAUAAGCAAACUUUAUCGUGAGGAGAUGCAAAGCUUCGGCAAUGGAAAAUCCGGGGAACAUCUAGUGCUGAAGCCGACUCUGGAGCAGAUCGCCGACACCGCCGAAAGCAUCAUUCGUGAUGGCUUCCUUCGAAGUAAAAUCUAUCCGUGGAAUCCGGAUGACUCUCAACCGCCACCGAUCGUCGCCUACCGGGUCCGGAAGAACGCAAAAACACAACCCCCGCGACGAGUCCUCUAUCCUGGUUCGCCUCUGUUCCGAAGCAUGCUCGAGGCACGGAUGUCCAAGGAACUGCUGGUCGAGUUUCAAGCCCAGCUUGCUGGCGGUGCUUGGCAGGGACCGGCCGAACACACCAGUUUGUUCCGGAUUUGGCGCGGUGCUGGCCAAGUGGAAUCGAAGGAGGCUAGCGGAGAGGUUGGCGUUAGCUUGGCAGACUCGGAGGUGGCGCAGGAAGAGUCUGGUGAAUGUUCGUUGGACAUUGUGAAGGAAGAACCGAAGGUCAACUUCGAGGACCUAUGAACUGAGGGGUUGGAACUUGAGGAUUAUCGGAUCAUCUUAUUUAUACGCUUACAUUGAUAUUCAGUAUAUCUGGUUUUAAAACAUAAAAAAAU